CUCCUAUAAUUUCUACAACAUCGAAGAGAGACGUUGCCGCGAGUCUCGAGAGCUCAAGCCCGCGACAAUAAUGAGCAAGCAGUAAAUCUACCAUGGACACCUUCAAGACGCUCCAGGCCGAAAUCUCACAAGCCCUCGUUGCUACCACGCGAUCGGCUUCACGUAUUAGCAGCGCAGAUAUUACCUUUCAGCGGUCGCUAAACCCGGAAGUUGGUACACAGCUCGACGCCCAAAAUGCGCGCCUCCUUCACCUUGCGCAACGUCUUCUCGAAAAUGCUGCAUCGAGCUCGGAUGCUGUAGGUCCCAAGCUACCCGACGUCGAAUCCGUAGACGCCAAUUGGAAGGGGGUUGUUGAUGUUAUCGACAGCUUGCUUGAGAAGGCAGACAUCAGCCUUGAUGAGUACACUGGUGUUGUCAAGCGAUUGAGUCCGAUAGGCGAGCAGGCUGCCGUGAAGCCCCGCCCCAACAUCGCCGAGAAGAAAAUUAUUCCGAAGCCUCAGCUCAAUUUCGAGCAUGUGCCGAAGAACGACGAGACUGGUGGAUUCCGCCCGUUGUUGGCAUCGAAACCGCACGCGAAGGUAUCGCUCGAGAACUGUAUGAAGAAAUUCAAGGACAGGAGGGGGCGGGAACAAUACCCACACCCUUACCAAACCGAGAUCGAAUCCUACGACUUCCCUCCCAAUGUCUAUGAACACUUCGAACCGCAGCAAUACCAGCCUUUCGAGUCUACCACUGCCACUUUUGUGGACACACCCGAAGCGCUCGCUAUAAUGCUGGCUGAAUUGAAGACUGCAAAAGAGAUAGCCAUCGACAUUGAACAUCACGACAACCGGUCAUAUAUUGGCAUUGUGUCGUUAAUGCAGAUCAGCACGCGUGACAAGGACUGGAUAGUGGACACGCUCAAGCCCUGGAGACGGAAGCUGGAAUGUCUCAAUGAAGUCUUUGCAGACCCCAACAUCCUAAAGGUUCUGCAUGGCGCCUACAUGGACAUCAUCUGGCUCCAGCGCGAUCUCGGCCUCUAUGUUGUUGGACUGUUUGAUACCUACCAUGCAGCCCGGUCGCUCGGAUAUCCAGGCGCUAGCCUGGCUUAUCUACUCGACAGAUUCGUCAAUUUCAAGGCCCAGAAACAAUACCAGAUUGCUGAUUGGAGAGUGCGGCCGCUAGGCAAUGAGCUUUUCGAGUACGCGCGAGCAGACACCCAUUUCUUACUGUACAUCUACGACAACAUGCGGAAUGAGCUUGUCGAGAAGUCCAACUUUUCGGAUCCCGAACGCAACAAAGUACAGGACGUGCUCUUAAAGUCGAAAGAGGUGGCCUUGCAACGAUAUGAGCAUCCUGUAUAUGACACCAAACUUGGCCUCGGCCCCGUGGGCUGGUAUAAGCUCAUCUCGCGGACGCCCGCCCAGUUCACGCCCCAGCAGUUCUCUGUCUUCAGAGCAGUGCACAAGUGGAGGGACAAUCUUAGCCGAAAAGAGGACGAGAAUCCGACAUUUAUAAUGCCUAAUCACGCCGUGUUCUCCGUCGCUCGAGCGAUACCAACAGACAAACCAGCUUUGUAUAUCGCUAUUCAGCAUGUUUCGCACAUUGUUCGAGCAAAGGCGGAUGAACUCGUGAACGUCAUUACCGAAGCUAAGAAAGAGGGAUUGGACGGCCCAGAGCUGACCGAUGUACUCAAGACUAUAGCGGAUAUGAAGGAAGCGGAAUGGACCGCUAAAUCUGACACUCCAAACAAGGUAGCCCCGGCGCCUGCAGCUCCGGCUGUUCAAGCUGAAUCUGCUCCUCUUAUGAGCACCGUCGCUAUUCCCGCCACCCGUGCUCCGUCAUCCACUUUUUGGGGCAAGCUGUGGUCUCACAGCUCGGCGUAUCAACAAGGAAGCAUGCCAACAGUCAACAUCGACCUCGCUCUCCCAUUGCCACCUCUCACCGCAGAAAUCUUUGCCGACGGGAAUAGAGUCACGCCAGAAUCCGAGAAGCCGCAGCAUACUUUCGUCCCCAAGGAAGACAGAACAGAAGACCAGCGCACUGACAUGUUUGUCGUCAAACAACUCGGCGGCCGGAAGCGCAAGCGAGGCGAUGCCCCAGAGGUGCAGUCACUAUCAACACCAGCACUAGACCCCAUGACCAACGAUGAGAUCAUGCUCGACGCACAGGAAGACUCGCCAGAAGCUAUUCUCCUACAAGAAAAAGCGGCCAGGAAAGCAGCGAGGAAGCAGAAGAAGAAGGAGCAGACUGCUCAAGCUGCUGCCAAGGAUGACGAUGAGCCAGCGUUCGACUAUGCGAACGCGCCAACUGUGCUGCAUGCUGAAGAUGGAGAUGGCAAGAAAAAGAAGAAGGAUAAGAAGAAGAAGCCCGCUGGCUUUGCGCCAUUCUCUGGGCUGACGAAUGCUCCGAAGGGGCUUCCACGGGCGCAGAAAGAGGUACCUGGACGGAGCAGGACAUUCAAGUCGUAGUAAUGGUUGGUCAGAGUGAGGUGGAGGAGCUUGCGUGCAUGUGACAUUCCGUUUCUGUACAUAUAUACCUGCAUUAUGAUGCCAUUCCUAGUCGAGGCAUCAUGAAUCGAUUCACAGCGCUCGAUCGUACGAGAAGGACACUACUUGCGCAUCAUAGUGCUUUCCAUCCUUGAUUCCUUGUAGACACUUUGGUCCACAAUCAUCUCCUCGAGUACAUACUAACCACUCCGCCUAUCCCAAUGUCUCACACUAACUGACCAUCCAGAACCCGAUGAAAUAUACCAAAGUUCCCCUCGCCAU